UUCGAACUACAAGUCGUUUGACGAGAACCGCAGCGACGACGUCGAGCCGAUGGUCGUCGAGGUAGACGAGAACGACCGGUACGGCAACGCCGGAUCCGAUUCGAGAAAGUCGCGGAAGAUUGAUUGUACGGAGGAGGCCGAUUCGGCGCUGAGGACCGAGAAUUUCUCGGCCGACGACACGUCGGCGCGGACGCUGAAGCGGCCGAGGCUCGUGUGGACCCCGCAGCUGCACAAGCGGUUCGUGGACGUGGUGGCCCACCUGGGGAUCAAGAACGCGGUGCCCAAAACGAUUAUGCAGCUGAUGAACGUUGAAGGCUUGACCCGAGAAAAUGUGGCGAGCCACUUGCAGAAGUAUCGGCUCUACUUGAAGAGGAUGCAGGGGUUAUCGGGCGACGUUGGGCCGUCGUCUUCGGACCAGCUUUUCGCGUCGACGCCGGUGCCGCAGAGCUUGCAUCAAGAGUCGGGUGGCGGGUCGGGUCAGGCGGGUCAGAGCCACGGGCAUGGAAAUGGGCAAUUUUCGUUUUCUAUGCCUUACCCGCCUAACAUGAUGCCCAUGCCGGUUCUCGGGUUGACCCACGGGCACGGGCACAUGGGCAUGCCGGGUGGUGGGUACCAUGGGUUCGAGUCGCACCAUUACAACAUGGGUUCGAUGGUUUCGUAUCCACAUGGUGCUCCAAAUGACAAAUGAGAAAUCUUUACACAUUAAGUUGAGAUUGUUCAGAUGGACUUCAUCCGAAAAAGCCGUGUCCUUUCCAAGAGGAGUAAAGGCUGAAUGGCUGAUACCCAUUAUUUUUUAAGGUUAUGUUGUCAACUAAAAUAAUUAAUACUGUACCUCUCUACAGAUUGGAAUUGAGCUCUUUUUUAUUUCUUCAUAUGAAAUUGCUUGCUCUUGAUUGAAAGCCUACUUCUUGUAUACUGAACAAACUUGAGUGAGAGUUAAUAGCAUUCUAGCUUGAUGUUAUAUCCCAUAAUUUCAUUUUCACUGUCA